UUUACGAAUUAAUUACGAUGGAUUUGAUAGAAGAAGAAAUCGACACCCAAAUGCAGUCUUUUGUCGAUAUAGAAGAUGAAAAAAGUGACUUGCGAAUGGUCCCAAAAGGAAUUUUAAAACAAUUCAUAGACACAUACCGGGCUCACCCUGCCCUAUGGCAGGUUAAAAAUAAAGAGUUGUACACCAACAGAAAUUUAAAGAAUCGGGGAUAUUUGGAGUUGGUUAAAAUGUGGAAGAAGUUCGACCCUGAAGCAAACCAGAAAAUGGUUAAAUCUAAAAUUCAAUCUUUGAGGGGGUCUUUUCGAAAAGAGUUAAAAAAGGUCGAAAAGUCAAAGCGAUCUGGAACGGGUGUUGAUGAAAUAUAUAAAAGCACACUAUGGUAUUUUAAGUACAUGAUGUUUUUAACUGAUCAUGAAUUGCCCUCGGAAAGUAUUGACAAUAUUGAUGACCCUUCUCCGUCAACCAGUAUUAUAAACAGUACUCAACAAAUUUCUGAAACAGUGGAGGACAUAAGCGAUAGUGAAUCUGUUAAGCACAGUGUUGAGGCUGAAACAACGCAGGUCCGUUCCCCAGUCCCUAAGAAGAGAAGAUACCAAAAUAUUGACCAUAAUAAUAUAAAUCCACAAAAAAGACAAAAAAUAAGUGAAGAACGCCAAAAAAAAAUGUUUAUGGCACAAUGCACUGAAGCAUUAACUACAAAAGUAACAGAGACUGAUGCCUUAGCUCAAUAUCUAUCCUUAAAAAUACAAAAUGUUUCGAACCCUGAACAGAAAAUGUACGCAGAAGUCUUACUCACUAAAGUCAUUAAUAAGGCAAUACUAAAUAAGCUGACUGAAGCUACGGAUUUAACAGAAAUAAAUAUGAAUCUCGUGCAAGAACCAAAUUAUUAUACAUAUCAUCCUCCUGCGGCAUCGUCAUCGUCAUCUCGUUCAAACACAACACAUUACACACUAACGCCUUUGAACUCUCCCGACCCCUUAACAGUACAGUACACACAAAGUACUUUACAAGCAAACAGUGCCCCACAAGGAGUCAAUACCUCACAAGAACAUAGUGCCCCUCAAGAACACAAUGCCUUCCAAGAAUCAUACGAUAAUAAUAAUGGAGGCCCGGAAAUAAUGUUGUAUGCCGAUAUUCAAAAACAAGUGUAAUUU